AUGGAUACACUUUCUUCUAUUGAAUGGGCAUGCAAGGAGCUAUACACAACAAACGAUCCUUCUGCACGGCUGCAAGCCGAAAAGACUUGCACUAGCAUUUAUGAGCGCCAUGACUGUAUGGCAACUUGUCAAAGUCUUCUGGAGCGCGCAGACUCUUGUUACUCGCAAUUUAUUGCGGCUUCUAGUCUGACUAAGUUCAUUUCUAACAAGGACACUGUCGUUCACGUGAAUCUUCGCCUUCAACUACGUAAGUUACCUGUUACGAUUCAACCCUAUUUCAUUGUAGGGAACUUCGCCCUCAACUAUCUGGCUACUCGGCCAAAUCUCGAACCAUUUGUUCAGCAGGCCCUCAUCGUGCUAAUUUGUCGCCUUACAAAGAUCGGUUGGUUUGAUUCAGUCGAAAAUGGUCCCGAUUGGCCUUUCAGAGAUAUAUUCGAAUCGGCUAAAAAUUUUAUUCAGACGGACUUGACCCGUGCCGUAUUCUUUUUACGGAAGCUCUCUAUCUCUUUCCGAGAUACUCUUCUUUUUUCUAUCUUCCAACUUGGUCUCGAUCUUCUGCGACAAACAGACGCCAAUUUAAAAACUCUAACCACGACCAACUCAAGUCAACUCCAAGUAGUUCAACACAGCCUGGAGUUGGUUCUCUCCUGCCUAAACUACGACUUUGUUGGCACUUCCAUUGGUUGUGGCGGAGAUCAUAGUUCAGGCGCUGGUGCCGAUGAUAUGGCUACUGUCCAACUUCCGACUGCAUGGCGACCUGUCUUCCUCGAUGUCGCCAACAUCGACCUCUUUUUCCGUCUGUUUGCUGGCCUCCCACAGGCGGCAUCAUCCCCACAGCUCCGUCCCCUUACGCUAUCCUGUCUGGUCCAGAUAGCCAGUAUCCGUAGAACGCUGUUUACAAAUGUUGAGCGUCAAACUUUUCUGACGCCUUUGGUCUCGGGUUGUUUGGAGGUUCUGCGUCGUCGUGACAGCCUCCUAUGCGACCCAUCCACCUAUCAUGAAUUCUGUUGCCUUCUUUCUCGUAUGAAAGCCACCUUCCAGCUCAGUGAAUUCCUACAAACCCCAGGUUAUCCUGAGUUUAUAAAACUUGUUACUGACUUCACCACCCAAUGCCUCUAUCUUGAAAUCGCCCGCCAUUUACAGAACUGUUCAGAGGAGUCGGGUUUCGGUAGUUGCAACAGUCUUCACUACCUCCUGGUAUUGUGGCAGCGCUUGGUGGCCAGUGUGCCCUACGUACGCACUUCCGAACCCUACCUAAUCGACACCUACGCGCCCCAAGUUGCACGGGCCUUCGUUGAGUCUCGCCUCGCCGGCGUGCCUCGCUGUAUGGAGUCUGUCUCAAAGAUCAAGUCUUUUCGGGCGAGCAAAAAGGCCGCCAACGCUAACGGCGCUGGAAAGGGAACCGAGCCUAUGAGUGAGGAAUUCGAUGCGGACGAAUACUCAUGUCCACUCGACGAUGUCAUGACUCUCACACAGCAGCUGGAUCAGUUUUCAAUUAUUGGUCGUUGUGAUUACGCAAACACGUGCGAGCUCAUCGUGCAACUCUUUGACCAGUCAUUUAAUCUACUGCAGUCGAAACUCCAGCAGCUGGUUUCUACUAAUCCGACAGCACUUAUUUCCACCACAGUGCCAGUUGCAAUCGAACAGAUAAGGGACAUUCGGUUAGAGGAAAAUCGCCUUGCCUGGCUCGUGUAUAUGAUCGGUGCUCUGAUAAAGGGUCGUUCGACGUCGUCCUCCGGUGGUACGGUGGAUGCUGAUCGCUUGGACGGGGAAUUGGUUGCUCGAGUUCUUCGUCUCCUCCAAUUCGGAGAUGCCCGUCUGCAGCUACUACUCCAGUUACUGCAACAAAACCAGCAGUCCACUGACGUCGAUGUGGCCAGUCUGCUUUUCCAACUAUCUUCUGGAGCUACGAUCCGUCUGGAACUUGCUAUUAUCACCUUUCUUGAACGAUUUCGACACAUCUACGUGGGAGAGAACAUUAGUCGUGCCUCUAAAAUGUACCAGUCGUUAUCUGAACUAGUUGGCAUUUCCGAUGAGCAAACAAUUUUACAACUGUUCGCAGCCAAGAUUCUUUUGAACCUCCGCUACUGGAGCAAUCAAGAAGCUGUUCUCGAACCCACCCUAAAUCUUCUGGGUGAGCUCGCCUCCAGUUUUAGUUCAAUGCGAAAGCUCCUGCAAUUGGAUGACAUCAAAUUCAUGUUGGCGAACCAUACGCCGGCGAAUUUCCGCUUUUUAUCUGUUUCAACUACUCCCACGUCCUCAUCAUUGUCGCUCUCCCGCUAUCGUACUGAAUUUUACGCCUACUUAUCGCGCUUGAUGCUCGUUACUUUGUCCGGCUCCGGUGCUGACGACAACAGACCCUUCCUCGACUUCCUAAUGCCCCUAACCCAAGUGGCCAACACUCUGAUUUCGAACCUCCUCCUUUCCGAGAGUUGCCCAAUGUCUCCGGAGGACGCUCGAAGCAGUGUGAUUGGGUUGGCGCGUGAUUUGGCUGGCGUGGCCUUCAGCCUGAACACGAUGGCCUCUUUCAAACUCUUCCUAGAUUGGUUUUAUCCAUCCCUGUUCACUCUUUUCGGCCGUGCCAUGGAGUUGUGGCAUUUUGAUCCCCUUGUCACUUGCCCAGUACUCAAACUUCUUGCUGAGGUUGUACAUAACCGAAACGAUCGACUCAAAUUCGAGGGGACCCUGCCGAUAGGUUACUUGCUGUUGGCUGAAAUGACAAAAAUUCUACUCGGAUUUGGCUCCCAACUGACUUCGUUCUUUGGCCAGGUGGAGAAGGAAAAUUUGUAUUCACACAAAGUGAAACCACUUACACGGUACCUAAACGCUCUCCGAAUUACUCUCAGUGGGAAAUUCGCCAAUCUCGCCAUCUUCGGAUUGGUUGGUGAUGAUUCAUUCGAGAAAACUGUAAAAAUGAGCACAGAAAUGCUCAUGUGUGUCACGGAGGAAGAAUUAAGGAGCUUCACGAAACUGAGCAAAGCUUAUUUCGCCCUGUUGGAGUGUCUUACUCAAAACCACAUGGUGUUGCUAAGUUCACUAGAACCCUCAAUUAUUCGUCAGUUCUACAGUGCCAUUGUGAUAGGAGUUGACUCUCUUGACACCUCCGUAGCAUGGAGUGCAUGUUCCUGUCUGGACUACAUGCUGACCCACAUCUACAAGCUCACUUCAAUGCCACAGGACGGCAUCAACGGAGUUUCUCUCAACCAUGGCAACGAGUACCCUCUCUUCGUCCCCAAUCCCCCUUCAGGUGCUCCAACAUCCGAGAUUGCCCUGGCUGCCCGUCAUCGACUGACCGCUCUCUUUGCCGGACAGCCAAACAAGCGGUCAAGAGGCUGUUGUUCCGCGCUCGCCAUCUGGUCAGACCGUGAGGAGGCUGGUAAUGCCAAUUUGCGACAAAAUUUCCUCCAGCCACCAGCCGGCUUUGUCACGACCCUCAGUGAAUUCACUGUCACUUCACGACAGCUAAUGGUGACAUUCUUAGCCACUUUUAUGAAUGAAGAGUGCAAAAACCAGUGGAGCAUAUCGAGACCCCUACUAGCCCUCAUUCUCUUGAAUCAAGAGUACUUCUCGAAUUUGCAAAGCGCCGUAAUAAAUGCAGUCAAUCCCCAUCAACGCUCCGACGUCGAGGGCCUUUUCAGAAAACUCAUGGAAGACGUGGAAAACAACCUUUUUGCAAAAAAUCGCGACAAGUUUACCCAAAACAUAUCAGCCUUUCGGCACGCAGUGGUGGAGUUCAUGAAGUCGUCGAGCACUAAACCCUUGGGGGAACUGACAGCUUUGACGGCCUUCGACAGCGGUGACACUUUCUCGCUUCGUUCAAUUCUCCUCUCAGCUGCCACCUCUAUUUGA